UUGUCAUCUAGUUUGUUCACGCCGGGAAGAUAAAGGGCGAGAUACUUUAGAAAGCUUAUGGAUACGUUCCAAUCGGUGGCGGACUCUCGGUUUGAUAGCUCUAAUGGAUGGACGCAAGUCGCGUCUUCGAAGCGCUAUCGGAAGCAAAAGCGGGCGGCGAAUAGCGGCGUUUCCGGCAUGAUAUUUCCGAAUGAACGAUCGAUCCUGCCGGAUUUGGAGGAUGAACUGAAUGGUGCUGGUGCCAGGGAUGGGAACCUGAAGAAGGAGGAGAAGGAGGAGGAGGAGGAGAAGGAGGAGGAGAAGGAGAAGGAGAAGGAGAAGGAGAAGGAGAAGGAGAUGGAGAAGGGGGAGAUGGAGAGGGAGAUGGAGAUGGAGAAGGAGAAGGAGAAGGAGAAGGAGAAGGAGAAGGAGAAGGAGAAGGAGAAGGGGGAGAUGGAGAUGGAGAGGGAGAUGGAGAAGGAGAAGGAGGAGGAGAAGGAGAAGGAGAAGAAGAAGAAGAAGAAGCAGAAGCAGGCCUCCCAAGCUGGUUGAGAAAUUUUUGGAUUUGAUUUAUUUGCCCCAAAACAUAUGAACUUAUAUACCACAACCCAAAAGAAGCAAGUCUCUCUCUUUCAACACUCCAUGUAGUACUCUAUCGAUGUUGUCAUGAAAACUCUUUCAGCACAAAGCAAGAAGGUAACUCAUUUGUUUACCGAAGAAACAAAUUAAGGUGAG